CGAAAGGCGUGUUGUAUAUCUUCCCGAUUGCCGCGAACUGGCUGUAAACCCAGUAAACUACAUCAAAUCAGCCUUAUUUCUCACAUAUGUGGAUGAUGAUGCGAAAAUAAGCAAAAUUAAUGCCUGUGAAAAUUUUGAUCAAAUCAUAAAAUUUUGUGAAUCAAUAGAUGAAACGCUAUAUUUUAUCGUAGACCAAAUGAAUGCUCUGGACGAUUGUGAUAAUACUGGAAUUCCCCUAGAGGAAAAGAUUCAAGUUAAACGAAACCUCGAUAAAAUGUGUGCAGACCAUUUUUAUAUCAAGAGUUCUUCAGCAAACAACCAAGCAGUAUUGCACCUUAGGCAAAAACAGACUAAUGAAAAGAAAAUUGAACUUUAUGGAGGGUUCGAUAAGGAGGAGAUGGAAGAGUGGUGGAAGAAGCAUAAUUCCGUUUUACCAACAAUGAAUAAUCAGCGGAAGGAUCAAAUUGAAGACAUCACCGACAAUAUUCCGCUCUUCUUAAACGUUUUGCUGGAAUCUAAUUGUAAGAAUUUUGAAGAUGCAUUGGGCUACUUAAAUCAACAAUUAACAUCAAAGAUACAAGAGCCGAUGACAAGCUUUUCAGAGAAGAUUUAUAAACUAGACAAUAAAAGUUGGGAUUUUCACGUCGACUUGAUGUCAUCGUUCCUGACAAAAGGAUAUCCUCCAAGUGGCUACGGAGUUAAUGAUUUUGAUCAUCGCUUCUUCUACAUCAAAAAUCAACUCUGUCAUUAUGUCUGUGGGAUGGCACGGGAUUGCAUGGCGAAACAUCUCUAUGAAAAGGGCAAAAUGGAAGUAUUUACAGAUAUAAAGUGGAUCAGUUGCAUAGAGAAAUUCAAAAACAACCCAUCGGUUAAAGGAUUUUUUGUGGAGAAGGCGUGUAUUGCUAGUAUUUUUAAGAACGGAAUUAUGGAGAACCGUGUAAACUUUAAGCCUAACGAUAUGGAAUUUUUUAAUGAUGAAAAAGAAAUCCGAUUUUCUUCGAAUGAAGGGAAAUGUAUGCUUUACUUACCACAUUGUUGGAACCAAGAGGCGAUUGAUGGAUUACUGAUUUCGCAAACAAAUAAUAAGUUGUAUAUUGCCCCAAUACAGAUUACCCUUGAUAAGAGUAGUCAUUCAGAUUCUGAGGGAAAUUUUUUCUCCAGUAUUUGGCCAAAUUUAAAAUCAAACUUAUCAGGCUUCGAGGACAGAUUAGAGAUAAUAUUCAUAUGGAUUACAAGCAAAAGUAAUACAGACAUGAAAAUGGAAAGGAAGUCUAGAAAAACACGAAAUAGUUCUUUUGAAAUUAAUCCCGAAUACAUUCAG